UUUAAAUUGGAUCGCCAUAAACCCUAAAACGCUAAACUCUUGAGCUGCUGCAACGGUUAUCGGAGCUGGUUUUCCAAGCUAUAUUUUCAACCUUACUUUUAAAUUUUGUUUAAGUUCCAUUGUUUAGCUCGUUUUUCUUCUCAAUUCUCGGUAGAACUUGAUAGUUUUUUUCCCUCCUCUUGUUGGAGGUCCGAAUCAAUCAACCCGCGAAAACUUAAACCCUCCAAAAAAUUUUGAAAAACUUGAAGGAGAAAGAAGCCGUGAAAAUGUUGGAUGAAAGUAAGUUUGAUGUGAACUUCCAAUUACUAGCACUUCGAAUCCCUCGCGAGUUCUGCAAAAUCGCCACUCGUUUACUCAACGGAUACUUGCUGGAUAAGCCUCGUGUUAAACCUAUAACUGAAGAUCCAACAAGUGAAAAGAACCGUUACAUGGUUUUGUCUGAAAAAGUUCAAAAUCCUGAUUUAUCAGACAUUCCAAUGCAAAAACUUGACGAACUAAGGAAGUUAUGUGAGGUUGAAGUAGUUCCAUAUUCAUUGACACUUGGAUAUUCUUAUUGGACGGCUGAUCAUAUAUUGAAACAGAUUCUGCCUCCUGGAGUAGAGGUACCUUCAUCGUUUGAAACGAUAGGUCACGUUGCCCAUCUAAACAUACAUGAUGAGCUACUUCCUUUCAAGGAUGUGAUUGCUAAAGUCAUUUAUGAUAAAAAUUACCCAAGAAUUAAAACCGUUGUGAAUAAAGUUGGAACAAUUACAAAUGAGUUUCGAGUGCCAAAGUUUGAAAUUUUAGCAGGAGAAAGUGAUAUGGUUACUGAAGUGAAGCAAUAUGGGGCAACAUUCAAGCUAGAUUACGGCUUGGUCUAUUGGAAUUCUAGAUUAGAACAUGAACAUGUAAGGCUUGUAUCUCUGUUCCGGCCAGGGGAGACAAUUUGUGACAUGUUUGCUGGUAUUGGACCAUUUGCAAUUCCAGCAGCACAGAGAGGAUGCUUGGUGUAUGCAAAUGAUUUAAAUCCGGACAGCAUUCACUAUUUGAAGAUCAAUGCAAAAAUCAAUAAGGUUGAUGAUUGUGUUUUUGCAUAUAAUAUGGAUGCUAGGAAAUUCGUUUCUCAAUUGAUGGCAGUACCAGUUUGUGAAGUUAAUUUAGAGUCUAAUGAUUCCACGAUCAAAGCUUGUGAUACUUUCAGCAUGAAGGGCAUUCAUGAUGCAAAGGCAGAAGACAGAAAUUUUGGUGUUGAGGAGAAAGAAGUAGCUGGUAAUGAUGCCAAAGAUGAGCCGGAGGGCAUGAAAAAUUCUUCUAGGACUGUACAUGCAUCUGUAGUUGCAAUUAAAAGACCUUCAGAUUGUUUCACAGAAGAGAAUGGAAAUGCCCAGAGUGAACAUAAGAAAAAGGGAAAUACACAGAAGAGGAUGAAAGAGUCUGUUUUGUCCAAAGCUAAGGCCUGGGAGCAUGUUGAUCAUGUGAUAAUGAAUCUUCCUGCUUCUGCUUUACAAUUCUUAGAUGCAUUUAGGGGUAUUAUCUCAAGAAAACAUUGGAAGGGGCCUCUUCCAUUGGUUCACUGCUAUUGCUUCAUUCGAGCAACUGAAACUAAAGAAUUUAUAAUAUCCGAGGCAGAGACUGCCUUAAAUGCCAAAAUACAGGACCCAAUAUUUCAUAGGGUUAGGGACGUAGCACCUAACAAGGCGAUGUUUUGCUUAAGCUUUAGGCUGCCAGAAGCAUGCUUUGUUGAAGACAUCACUGACAGUACCUGUCAUUUUACUGGUGGAUUAUGACACGUCUCUUCAAUGUCCCCAUUGUGGCAUUCUAACGCUAGAUAGCUGACAAACUAAAGAUAUUUGACAGCGCUGCUAACCCAGCAUUCUUUUUUCGUUUGCUUGGACUUUUGUUUUGUCGCGGAUGUAUAUUCACCUUUUGUUGUCUCUUGUAAGACAACUAAUUUAAUCGAUCCCACCUGCUCAAAUGGUGUUAUUACCGGAUGUAUUACAAGGGGAGAAACCUGUAUCUUUCAUGUGUACGACUGUCCAACAAGCCGAAAAUUAAUUGUGGAAAUUCUUUCUUCA